CCUCUGAAAUCAGUCAUUCGACUAAUACAAAUACUUAAAUCUUAUAGUAAUACACAUGAAUUACAACCCAAAGAAUGUCAAGAAUUGUGGAAAAGGUGUGAAGUAUUGUGUUCAACAAUUAACCCAUUGGAAAGAAUCAAAUAUCAAGAAAGUGGAUGUUGUCUCAUGUCACCUAUACCUACUACAGAUGGUUUUAAACCAUUAUUUGAACCGUURUUUUCUAGGAGAACAACAUUUGCACUUUAUAAAGAAGUAUUCCAUGUGGAUCAAAGAUGUACGUGUAUGAAAUUUAAUGGUAUUGAAGAAGAAUGUAAACAUCCAGAAUGCAAACAGAAUUUGAAGUGCUCAAGUUUACCAUUAGCAACAUGUUUACCAGCUGAAAAUUGGAAAAAAUAUUACGGACAAGCUACAUAAUAUUUGAUAUGCUGAUCGAAUAAUAUUUAUAAUAUU